UACCACAUGGCUGGAAAAUUGCACGCGUUGUUCCGAUACAUAAAGGUUGGUCCAAAAAAGACGUUGUGCAGAACAACGGCUAUCAUGGCGGAUAUCCGUCUUCCGCAUCUCUUACUCGGCCUGUUUGCGUUAGCAGCAUUUGCCGGAUUUCUUCUCAUCCGCUUUGGAUACAUGAAUGUGGAUGAAAAAUUGCACCAGUACCGUAACAAGGCCGAGGUCAAUGUCCAGGAUUCUGUCGCCUUAAACGGCGUAACACUCGUCAAGCCCACUGCAAGCGAGAGAAUGACCCUGGUGUUCGUCAUAUGCGAGAGGCAUUUUGAUCUUGGCAUCGUUGCUGUGAAAUCAGCUGUAGCCUACUCAACGUCGAGGCUACACCUAGUCGUCAUCACAGAUAAACAGAACGAGGAAAAGAUUCGAAAUGAGUACUCCUCCUGGCCAGAUAGCGUCAGAAAACGUGUGAGCUGUGAGGUGAAGUUGGAGUGGUUCCCCAAAAAUCACUACUACGAGUGGCGCUAUAUGUUCAGACCUUGCACAACUCAGAGGCUUUUCUUACCGAGUAUGCUUCCUAGCGAAGAUGCCGUCAUCUACGUUGACACAGAUGUGGUAUUCUUGCACCCGGUCGAAGACUUUUGGAGAAAGUUCUACGCCAUGAACAAGUGGCAGAUGGCUGGCAUGGCACCGGAGACAGAGAACUUUACACAGAACUACUACUUGACAAAAGCACUCCACCCUUUUGUGCAACCAUUUGCGUUGAAUGCUGGUUUGCUGAUGAUGAACCUUACGCGCAUGCGUGCCUUUGGCCUGGAGAGACGUGUACUGGAGCUCAAGCGGGAGUUCGAGGGCCGCAUUCCGUGGGCUGACCAGGAUUUGCUGAACAUCCUGUUCUAUCGAUACCCGCAAGGGAUAUUCACGUUCACCUGCCGCUGGAACUUCCGCGGGGAGCACUGCCAUGGUGACGCCCUUUGCACUGACGGCCCAGUGGCAGUGGUGCACGCCUCGCGCAAGAUGAUUCUGGAGAAGCUCGAGCCGGCAUUUGUCGUGCUCCAUCAGGCCAUGCAGAAGUUCAAGCUUGGACAAAGUCUCGUGGAUGGCUUCAUUGUUCCUGUGAGAGAAGGCCUCCAGAAGGCGCGUCCGACGGGGUGCACCAAAGAGUUAACCAAGCAGCUGCCUCUACUUACGCUGUCUGCAAGUCGUGUCGACAACGUGACUGGCCGAGCUACGGCCGCGAAUAGAACGUAGCGGUGGAGUGCAUCUCCGUGCGGCUUUAGUGACGCUUACCGGUGGCCAUAUUCCGUCAUGAAUUAACUACGCCCCGAUAGUCUUGUGACCACUGUUCAGUCAACUGACUGGAGCAGUCGGUUGUUAAGAGGACGCUGUACCAAGAGCGAAACACCGAUGGAAUCUUCAAACGCAUGCAAAACGCUGAAAUUCUCUCGGAAAAGUAACCGCUGAAUCGACUUGAGUGAACUUUCUUGCAUUCAAGGGAGGAAGUUGCAUUUUACAGGCGACAAGACGCAGAAUUUUCAUUUAAUGCAUUUCAUUUUAAAAGAAAUUGUCAGAAAUCGGUAAGCUUCUAACAUGUAGAAGCACGACGCUUCCAUAUCCGCAACUUUCCACUGAGAACAGACGUCGCCAUUUAGUUGUAUACUCAUCAGUAGCAUAUCACAUAUUGGUCUGGGAUAUAUCAUUAUUAUUCAAUCCAGCUGUCUUAGGUGAUUUUUACAAAAUAUAAUAUCUUUUUUGUUGCUGCGCUACAGAGUGUUAGACUUAAUGGUGUACAUGAUAGAGUGUGUAAGCGCGACUGAACGACGACCUAGAAAGUAACAGACACGCAGAGACAGCGCUUUCUUCAACUAAAGUUUUUAUUUUCGCACGCAUCGUUAAAUACAUACCGAACGAGCGGAAACAAAUGGGACAACAAAAAAGAACAUUCAGAGGUGCAUGUCCAUUAAAACUUCUUUCUGGGCGAGUUGGUGCAUACUUGACAUAAAAAUUGUUACAGCGCAAUCACAUGCAACCACAAGUAUGCAUGCAACCACAGUACAGCGCUUGUAUCCCGUCCUUCAUACUUGUGGUUGCAUGUGAUUGCGCUGUAACAAUUUUUAUGUCGUGCAUGUCCAUGAGCCGCACAGGUGUCCAAGGUAGGAUCAAAAACAUACACUGCAAUAGUUACAGCUACAAACCGAGGAAUCGUAGCUCUUUCUUUAGAUAGCAACGCUGUUGGCUUGAUAAAAACAAGGCAGAAUAAAUCCAGUAUUCAAAAAUGGUGACCAUGUGUUGAACUCAGAGACGCGUUUGCAUUCGACCCUUCUUCUGCAAAGUUAUUGAACGGCUGGUACAAAAGCGCCGAGCUAUUUACCUGUCGAAAUUUAGUCCACUUUUACCUUUCCAAUUGGGCUGCCGUAAGGGCUAUUCAACUGAGCCUGCUCUCAUCGCCAUAACCGAACAAAUAAAGAUGGCAAUUGGCAAAGCCAUGUAUGCUGUAUCAGUGUUAGUUGGUCUAACUAACGCCUUCGAUGCAAUUAACCACUGCAUUUUGUCUUUUAAACUUGAUUCUAUCGGAAGAACAGGUCGCGGCUGCUCUAAGAGUGAUAAAAAAUUACUUAAAAGAUAGAACACAAAUAGUAAGAAUGAAUUAUGUUCUUCCUAAAUCAAUGAUAACAAACUUUGGUGUACCACAGGGAUACAUAUUUGGCUCACUUUUGUUUGUAAUAUAUGUUAACGACCUACUUAAUUGUCAGCUUUCUCCUAACUGCAUCCUUUAUGCAGCUGAUACAAAUAUAUUUAACUCUGACAAUUGUGUAAGUAAACUAGUUUCGAAACUUAAUGCUGAGUUAACCAACAUGUUAAAUUGGCGCAACGUUAACCAGCUCGACAUGAACCCGUCUGAAAGUAAAUCUGUUUUAUUCGCGUCCCAGCAUCGCUCAUCCGCAUUCAUGCCUGCACUUUACCUUGGUGAUAAUCCUAUCGCCCUUACUUCUUCCUGUAAUUAUGUGGGUGUAGAAAUUGAUAGUAAUCUUAAAUUUCAUCAACACAUAGCCAACAUUAGACAGAAGGCAACCUACGGAAUAAGGACACGUUUAAAAGCUCGCUAUGUCUAGAGUCAUGAAACAUUACUCUCUCUAUACUACUCAUUUAUCCAUUCUCAUAUAAACUAUUGCAGUGCAUGCGAGGGCAAUACGUAUGCUAACCACUUUCUAUCAUUACAAGUCUUGCAAAACUAGGUUGUUAGAAUUAUCAAUUUUAGUCCUAACCAUUGCAAUGCCAAACGUUUAAUACGUGACUAUAGCAUUCUUACUACAGACAAACUCAUUAACUGUAAUCUUGGUACGUCUUUAUGCCGACAACAAGCUUACUCUCACCGCAACAAUGUGAUACCUCGAUCUUUUCUACUGAAUAUUAUUCUUGCGCGAUUUUCAUUGAACAAUAAUUUUACUUUUCUCAAAGUACGCUCCAAUUAGGCUAAGCAGAGUGCCCCUUCUUUGUUUUGUUUUUCUUUGUCCGUUUCCUUCUGGAAGACGCUACCUCCAUUAAGUGAUGUAUAUCAUUUUAAUUUAAACGAAAACUGAAAAAUCGUAUUUUAUCAUCUACAAUCACUUAGUUCUGUCUCUUCUUUUUUUCCUUUUCUCCCUCCAAAUGUACAUUUUGUUAACACAUACGCUACACAAAUAAAAAUCCGGCUGGUUAUGCCUCAUUGUCCAUUUACUUAUAUGAUGGCGUUAUAGUCACUUCCACCUCUAUUGAGAUAAUUUUUCGAAUUAGUCGACUGUAAUAAUAAUGAUUAUUUUUGUAGCAUAUGGCGGCAUUUUUAUGUGCUGUAUGAAUUAACAGGUGUACUUGCAAUUUGUAGCCGACCCGCCGUGGUUGCUCAGUGGCUAUGGUGUUGGGCUGCUGAGCACGAGGUCGCGGGAUCUAAUCCCGGCCACGGUGGCCGCAUUUCGAUGGGGGCGAAAAUGCCAAAACACCCGUGUACUUAGAUUUAGGUGCACGUUAAAGAACCCCAGGUGGUCGAAAUUUCUGGAGCCCUGCACUACGGCGUGCCUCAUAAUCAGAAAGCGGUUUUGGCACGUAAAUCCCCAUAAUUUAUUUUUAAUUUGUAGCCGAUUUGUGCUAGUACUGUCGUAAACCAAUGUUAUGUUUACUAUUUUUUAUUUUUUUACAAUCAUUGUUCCACUUGUCGUUUAUACCUUUACUUAUACGCUAUACAGGAGGUCCCAUUAGGGUCCUUGACCGCGGGCCCUUGUCCUGCACAAUAUUUCUUUGUGUUUGUAACGAGUGUAAUAGUAAUAAAAUCAAACUCAUUCAAAGCCUGA